AUCUACCUGCUUAUUACUAGUUUAUUUAGAGACUGAAAUCUUGUCUAGAUUAUGCCAGAUAAUUUUGUUUAAAAAAACUUUUCUGGAUGCAUGCUCAGAGAAGGUGAUGUUGAAAGGAGGUUUGGAGUAACGUCAGGCUGGGCAAGGAUAGAUUGUGCCCGUUUGGUUGAGCUUUUGGGGGGAUUCUGGCCGCCAGAAGCUGAAGCGGCUACCAAACGCCCAGCUUCUGCUGCCGCUUCUCCGCGCCGCGCUUGGAUGAGAAGCCGCCCGCCCACGCGACGCCAGAAGCGGGGCUCAGAUCGCUUCCGCGGAAAGCCAAACCUCAUUUCGCUAGGGUUUCGCAAUCGCGCCCGUGACGCGUCCCCGUCCCAACUCGCCGCCGCAGGUCUCCUCCCCUUCGCAUCUCCCGCAACCGCCAUCAUUCGCGACGCCCGCGGCGGAGUUCGUGUCCCCCAUCGCAUCUCCCGCCGCCGCGCUCGUCGUCUUCGCAGAGGGGUGUGACCGCGGCUCCGCAACCUCUUGGAGAAAUCCCGACAAAUAGCUUGAAGUCGCGACUCGUCCCGCCAUCUCAUCUUUCGUCUUCGCAGAUUUCCGCAUCAACUCGGGUUAUUCGUCUGAGGAUCGAAAAUCAACUUCCGGCAAGAUGGAGAAGUCCGGCAAAGUGAUUGCAAAGUGGGAUACUAGAGCAACAAAAAUUUACACAGAAAUUUGUGUAGAAGAGGUCAAUGCUCGGAACAGGCCACAACAAUUUCUAAAUGCAGAAGGGUAUGCUAACCUCAUAAGGAAGUUUAAGGAACGCACUGGUCGCACUUACACCAGGGAGCAAAUGAAGAAUAGGUGGGAUUCGUUGAAGAAAAUGUUCACCCAGUGGAAAACUCUUAAUGAGAGGGCUACAGGUCUUGGUCGAGACCCUCAUACUGGUUCUAUCAGUGCGCCAGAUGAGUGGUGGACCAAGCAAAAUGAAGUAAGUUCCUAUUUUGUUUCGUAGACUAACUUUAGUAUUGGCCAUCUAAAAGUAGGAACUACGAAUUGGUGCAGGCAAUGCCAGGUUGUAUUAUGUUCAAAACAGCCCCCCUAGAGAAUGAGGACGAGCUAAAGGUUAUGUUUGGACCCAUUGUCUGCACAAAUGAAAGAACCCUGGUUCCUGGCGUGGAGGAUGCUAAUUCAUCUUCUGAUGAUCAUUUGGAAUACACUUUAGGUGGGGGUGAAAACAGCACACCUGACCCCUGCACAAAUGCUACUGGGAAGCGUAAGAUGCGCCAUGAUUCCCCAAAACCAAAGAAGAAAAAAGAUUCGAGGGAAGAGUACAUGAAAAGACUUGUCGAGGCUUUUGAGUCCCGCUCAUUGACCACAAACAAGUCCAUUACUUCUUCUGACAAUGACCCGGUUCGAUUAGAAAUUAAAAACCAGUUGCUACAAGUCAAGGAAGAUGGAUCACCUGAAGGGAGCGAACUACAUUUGUUUGCGACGCAUCUUCUGAUUCAUAAGAAGUAUAGAGAUGUUUUUGCAAACUUGGAGACAAAAGAAGGAAGAAUCGCUUGGCUUCGCAAUGCUUACGAGUUAGAAACUAAAAAGAGCUCUUAGCUGGUGGCCGUCCGACAACAGAGUCGUACAUGUUUGCUGCUAGUUGUGUCUGCUUAAUGAGUCCACCUACAUGUUGCUGGUCCGACAACUCAGGCUUAUAUGUUCAGUAUGUUAGUUGUGUCUGCUUAAUGAGUCAUGUUGUCUCAGUUUUCGUUACUAUCAUUUUCGCUUGAAAACAAUUUUCCACAAAUUCGAGUUGAACAUGUAUGAGAAUAAUCAGAGUUGUAAUCGCUUGUGGCCUAUGUCAAUCUGUGAAAUUUUAAUAUGCCUGUAAACUGUUCGUCUUCUUUAAUAUGUGUUUUUUAAACUGUGGUUGCAUAUGAAAUUGUGGCUCUUGCUUGUCUACAUGCAGAUGUGUGACCCUUAUGAACACACAUCUGAUGAUGAAAUGGAUGCACACACAUCUGAUGAUCAAAUGGAUGCACACACAUCUAAUGACGAAACAGAUGCAGAAAUGCUUGUUGCUCUUUAUGCUGUUGACAUUUGGGGCAGGCAUUUUAGUCGGGCUCCUAGAAGAACAUUGGUCGAAUCUGGUAUUCAAUGGGUUCAAAGAACGUUGGAGAUUAGUAACGACUGUUUUGACAUGUUUCGGAUGCGAAGAACUGUUUUUCGUCGAUUGCAUGACACGUUGGUACAAAAUUAUGGGCUGCUUCCAAGCAGGGGUGUGAGUACUAUGGAAGCUCUUGGCAUAUUCUUGUGGGCAUGCGGGGGACCACAAUCGUUUAGGCAGAUCAGAAAUAAAUUUGGUCACUCAUUGGAAACAAUUAGCCGCAAGUAUACUGAUGUCCUUAAUGCACUUUAUAAGAUGUCAUCUGACACAAUCAAGCCAAAAGACCCACAGUUUGUCGAGAUUCAUCAUCGUUUGCGAGAGCCUAGGUUUUGGCCACACUUCAAGGAUUGCAUAGGCGCAAUAGAUGGUAGUCACUUCCCAGCGGCAGUCCCGGCUUCAGAACAAGCGAAAUAUAUUGGCCGACACGGUUACACGUCGCAGAAUGUAAUGGUCGUAUGUGACUUCGAUAUGAGGUUCACAUUUGUGGUGACAGGAUGGCCAGGUUCCGUACAUGACACAAGAGUACUACAGGAUACUUUAAUAACUUAUGCGGACAGGUUCCCCCAUCCACCGGAAGGUAAAUACUAUCUUGUCGAUUCGGGUUAUCCAAAUAGAAAGGGGUACCUUGCACCUUAUAAGGGUCAGAAGUACCACAUUACGGAAUGGCAAAAUGCGAGGCAACCUAUUGGGAGUAAAGAAGUUUUCAACUAUGCGCACUCAUCCCUACGAAAUGUUAUUGAGCGAUCAUUUGGGGUGCUAAAAAUGAAAUGGAGAAUUCUAUUAAGUCUCCCUUCAUUUUCGCUUGAGAAACAAUCGAAGAUAAUUAUUGCAUGUAUGACACUGCAUAACUUCAUUAGAGAUAGUGCUCUACACGAUAGAGAUUUUGAUGAAGUAGGACCUAAUAGCCUAAGUCAUGAUGUACCUUCAGGUGAGAGUAGUACUAGCACAUCUGAUGAGUUAGACAUGAGUGCUUUUCGAGAUGCAAUUGCAAAUGCAUUAGUGUCGUAGUUACCUUAGUGCAAUUGUAACGGUACUUAU